UGCAGCGUGUCGUUAGCUCUGUUAGCUUGGCACCGGUGGAACACCUGCAACAACCGAUGGGCGGACAGCGACGAGCGCUUAACGGUAGCUCGGGUCCUUCUAACCGGCACAAAGACACACGAUUGAGCCGUGAGGAUUUUAUCCGAAGACUCAGAGACCAACGUCAUCUCCAAAUGACCUCGUUUAAUGAGCGCAGACUGUUAAGCUGCAGGCAGCAUGUCCGAGCAGCUGAAUCCUGAUGAUCCCGCUUCAGAGGAGUCCGAGAGAGACAUCUACAUGCGCUUCAUGAAGUGUCACAAAUGUUAUGACCUGAUCCCCACCAGCUCCAAACUGGUGGUGUUUGACACCACGCUGCAGGUGAAAAAAGCGUUUUUUGCACUAGUGGCGAAUGGAGUGAGAGCUGCUCCUCUGUGGGAGAGUAAGAAGCAGAGCUUUGUGGGGAUGUUGACCAUCACAGACUUUAUUAACAUCCUGACCAGAUACUAUAAAUCCCCCAUGGUUCAGAUCUACGAGCUGGAAGAACAUAAGAUAGAGACGUGGAGAGAACUUUACCUCCAGGAGACCUUCAAACCUCUGGUCCACAUCUCACCUGGUGCCAGUAUCUUUGAGGCAGUCCACUCCCUGAUAAAGAAUAAGAUCCACCGGCUGCCCGUCAUUGAUCCGGUCAGUGGGAACGCUCUGUACAUCCUGACUCACAAGAGGAUCCUCAAGUUCCUGCAGCUCUUUGUGUGUGAGAUGCCCAUGCCGGCCUUCAUGAAGCAGACCCUGGAGGAUCUCGCAGUGGGGACGUAUGAUAACAUCGCCUUCAUCCAUCCCCACACGCCGCUCAUCACCGCGCUGUCAGUCUUUACGCUCCGCCGCGUCUCCGCUCUGCCUGUCGUUGACCACCACGGUAGAGUUGUGGACAUCUACUCAAAGUUUGACGUCAUUAACCUGGCGGCAGAGAAGACUUACAACAACCUGGACUUGACGGUGACCCAAGCGCUCCGACAUAGGUCCCAGUACUUUGAAGGGGUCAUGAAGUGCAACAAGAUGGAGACAUUGGAUACCAUCGUGGACCGGAUCGUGAAGGCCGAGGUUCACAGGCUGGUGGUCGUGGAUGAGGACUCUCGAAUCGUUGGCAUCGUCUCUCUCUCUGACAUCCUGCAGGCUUUAGUUCUGACUCCCGCAGGUCUGAAGAGGAAGGAGUCUCUCCCCUCCCAGCUGACAGCUUUGGAUCCAACAGAGACGGGAUGUGACCCCGGAUCAUUUCAAGACCAGGCAGUGAGACAGGCAGAGGGACAGACCGAACGGGGGACAGAGACACAGGCAGAGGGAUGGACUGAAGAGGAAUCAGAGGUGGAGGCUGAGAUACAGUCUGAGGAACGGACAGAGAGAGGGUCGGAGGGGGAGGAACAGACUGAGGGGGAUGCAGACGGACAGUCAGAGGGGGAGGCAGAGAUUCAGACUGAGGGGGAGACGGAGAGGGAGGCAGAGAGACAGAAUGAGACAGAGAGACAGACUGAGGGGGAGAGACAAAGAGAAGGUGAGGCCGCAGAGAUCGAAGGAGGAGACUGCUAAGGAAGUGGAAGAGAUGGAGAAAGUCGAAGGAGCAGAAGAGGAGACGGUAGAAAAUAACGAGGUGGUGGCGUCUCUACGCUAUCAUUUCUCUACGGAAAAGGACGAGGGACAGAAGAGGCUACGUUGAUAGUAGGCUGACGUGAGGAGUUGCUGCAGGGCUGUGAUUGGUCAGCUGCUCUGGGGGUGGGAUGGACUGGGCAGGUGACUAGAGCCAACGAGGGAUCUUUAAUAGUUUCAACUUUUCUCCCAGAGAAAUUAAUUAUGUAAAAUAUUUUAAAAAAUUGUAUUAAUGAUGACAUUGGUAGCAUGGAUCCAUUAUUUGGAAAUGUUGAAGAUGAUGAAAACAGAUAGAUGAAUAAAAAAAGAUCUCAGACUUUGUUAAUAAUUUGAAAUAUUCCGGUAACUUCCCCCUCCUAAAAUACACAAUAUUUUUUGUUCUAUCAUCAAAGGCUCCAACUGUUGUGGCGGUUAUAUUAAAAGACCGCUAUCCUCAGUCUGCCUCCUACGCUUCCCACAAUGCACCUUGGUACUGUCUUUUAUUUCCCGGCUAAUAAACAUCUGCUGUUAGCUUAGGCAACGCCAAAUGUUUUCUGGCUCUAAAGUCAAGUACACUAACUGAUGGAAGAAUUUAUCAAUAAACCCGUUAGAAGGGUUACUGAACAGAGAGCUAUAACACUCAGUUUAAGAAUCAAACAUGAUUUAUUUCAGAUAUAGUUAUUUUUCAUUUGCUGGUCUUCUUGGUGGCUUUCAUUUUAGCAGCUUGUGAUUCAGCAACAGGUUGAAAUGAAUUAAUAUUGAGAUAUUAUUCAAAGACUGAGCUGUACGUGCAUUGGAACAUUUUUUAUUUUAUUUUUUACUAUAAUAGCAAUCACUGCAUAUGUAAAGCUUGUGUAUAGACUUUCAUAGAGAAAUUGAACAAAAAUGUCUUCUCAUGUCUAAUUUUAUUUUGGUGUUUUUUUAAUGAUUCUGUACAAAAUCUCAAUGUAUUUAUAGUUUAAAGUUGUGUUCCCAUUUUUGAAUUUACUGUGUGAGUGUUUGGUGGAGGGGCUGCACACAGGACAGUUUAGAUAAUCUGGUUCCUUUAUUUUACCAUUUCAUCCAAACAUUAAUCUCUGCUGAACCGGGCCGGGUUGUGGAGGCCAAAGGUUUAGCAAAUAUAUCAGCUGUUCCUGCCGAAUCCUUAAA